GGAGCAUCCCCCCGGAGCAAGCACCGGAGCAUCCCCCCAGAGUAUUCCACCGGAGCAUCCCCCCACUGCAACCCUCGGAGCAUCCCGCCGAGCAUCCCCCCGGAGCAUCCCCCCGGAGCCGCCGUCCUCCGCCGGGCCGCCCGCGGGAGGGCGCGCCGAGCACCGAGCGGUCGUUACGGGAGAGGAGCGUGGUAGGGCGUGGUCAGGGGGGCGUGGCCGGGAGGGGCGUGUCGCGGCCGCGGCCGCCCCCGCCCCCGGCGGCGCUGGAGGGGAGCGGAGCCGAGCGGCGGCGCGGCCAUGGCGGAGGCGGCCGUGCCCUGCCGGGUGCAGUACCUGGAGGACGCGGAUCCCUUCGGCUGCGGCAGCUUCCCGGAGCCCCGGCGAGCCCCGGUUUACGCCGUGGAGGAGGCGCUGGCCCUGGGGGCGCAGCUGCCCGCCCUGCACCGCCUGCUCGGGGCCCCGCUGCCGCUGGAGGACUGCACGCUGCAGGUCUCGCCCUCCGGACACUACCUGGACCUCGACUUGUCCCUCCUGGAGCAGAAGGAUGAUCUGGAGGGUUUCUACGAGGAGGUCAGGAAGGGGAGACGGCCGACCCUUAUCCUGCGCACGCAGCUCUCCGUCCGAGUCCACGCCAUCAUCGAGAAGCUGUACAACUCGCAGGGGCCGGAGCUGCGGCGAUCCCUCUUCUCCCUCAAGCAGCUCUUUCAGGAGGACAAGGACCUGGUGCCUGAAUUCGUGAACCUGGAGGGGUUGACGUGCCUGAUCAAAGUGGGGGCAGAGGCCGACCAGAACUACCAGAAUUACAUCCUGCGGGCCUUGAGCCAGAUCAUGCUCUUCGUGGACGGGAUGCAGGGUGUCAUCAACCACAACGAGACCGUCCAGUGGCUGUACACGCUGUCGGGAAGCCCGUUUCGCCUGGUGGUGAAGAUGGCGCUGAAGCUGCUGCUGGUGUUCGUGGAGUACACGGAGCCCAACGCUCUGCUCCUCAUCCGGGCCGUCAACACCGUGGACCAGGCGAGAGGCGCCUGCCCAUGGUCCAACCUGAUGGCCAUCCUGGAGCAACGCAACGGGGCUGACACGGAGCUGCUGGUGUACGCCAUGACGCUGAUCAACAAGACGCUGGCAGCCCUCCCGGACCAGGACACCUUCUACGACGUGACGGACUGCCUGGAGCAGCAGGGCAUGGAGCGGGUGGUGCAGCAGUACCUGGGCAGCAAAGGCACCGACCUGGACUUGAAGCAGCAGUUUAUGCUCUACGAAAGCGCUCUCAAGCUGGAGGAUGACGUGGAAGAGCCACCCUCGGGGGGACGCAAGGAGCGGAGGAGGACGGACGAGGGCCGACGUGGGUGGCGAUCCCAGGGUGGCUGCGCGGAGCCCAGCCCCGAUGCCCAGCCGUCGCUGGGCUCCCCUGGCACCCCGAAGGAGUCGCCCACCGAGGACACCCCAUCUGUCCCUGCGCCGAGGAGCCCAGCAGAACCCUGUCCCAGCAGCGUCUACAACAGCGCAUCCAGCGUCCGGCUGGCCCUGGCCUCCCCCCCGGCUGAGAAGGAGCAGCCCCUGGGCCUGGGCGAGCGCAGCGUCUACAAGCUGCAUCAAACCGCCCCUGUCUGGCGGGAGGAUGCUCCCCCCUUGCGUGGGGACAAGCCUAUUUUGAGGAAGUUUGAAGCUCGCUUCUUGGAGAACCUGGCUGCAGCCCAGAAGGAGAAGAUCUCUUCCAUGGCCAAGGGACGGCUCGAUGUCUUCGGCGAUGCUGCGCUGGAGCAUCCCACUGCUCUCCCGUGGGACAGGGACAGCGGCACCUCUGAGCCCGGGAUGGAGCCACCUGGCAUAAGGUCUCGCCUGGCUCGGCCGGACACCACCGACUCCUGCAGCACCAUCUCCUCCGACACCAAGUUUAUGCUGGAUAUGCUCUAUGCCAAGGGCUCCUCAGAGCCGGUGAGGGAGAAGGUUUUCCCGGAGGUCCCGUCAUCCCACACGGUCCAGGGUGAGGUGGAGAUGGACACUGAGGGAAGUGGCAGCCGGGAGCAAGAGGGCGCCUGGCUCCGCAGCAGGGCUCCGGAUGGGUCAGUGGCCAGUGCCCAUGCCAAGCUGGCACGUGCCUUGUCCGGCGUAGAUGCCGAGACCCACACGCAGAAGCUGGAGAACACCGGGAUGAUGCCCAUCAAGAAAGACGUGGAGCUGACAUGGGAGCACCUGGAGGCCAGUCCUGUGCAGCUGAAGAUCAAGGACCUGGACUUCACUGAUCUGGGGGAAGAAGAAGACUUUGACGUCCUGGACACCAGGCCCAUGACCAAUGGCUCCCUCCUUCCUCCCGGCAUUGAAGCAACAAGCGCUGGGGCUCUCACGGUUCCCCCGCCACCUCCUCCCAUCCCUGGCUGCCCACCACCUCCACCUCCACCUCCUGCAAUCCCUGGCUGCCCACCACCUCCACCUCCACCUCCUGCAAUCCCUGGCUGCCCACCACCUCCACCUCCACCUCCUGCAAUCCCUGGCUGCCCACCACCUCCACCUCCUGUGAUCCCUGGCUGCCCACCUCCCCCAGGACUGCCAGGUCCCUCAGCAACAGAUGGCCCCUCCCAGGCCAAGAAGAAGAGGACAGUAAAGCUCUUCUGGAAGGAGCUGAAGCAGCUGGAUGGCACUGUGGGGCAGGGCAGGUUCGGCCAGGCGACAGUGUGGGCGUCCCUGCAGAAUGUUGAGGUCAAUGUUGCCAAACUGGAGCAUCUCUUUGAGUCACGGUCAAAGGAAGUGCCAACUUCAAAGAAGGCCAUCGAUGGGAAGAAGGUGGUGGUGGUGCUGGACCCCAAGAGGAGCAACGCCAUCAACAUUGGCCUCACGGUGCUGCCACCCGUGCACAUCAUCAAGACAGCCGUGCUCAGCUUUGAUGAGUUUGCAGUCAAUAAGGAAGGGAUUGAGAAAAUCCUGACCAUGGUCCCGACCGAGGAGGAGAAGCAGAAGAUCCAGGAGGCCCAGCUGGCCAACCCUGAUGUGCCCUUGGGCUCUGCGGAGCAGUUCCUGCUCGCCCUGUCUUCCAUCAGCGAUCUCACAGCCAGGCUCCAGCUCUGGGCCUUCAAGCUGGACUAUGAAAGCCUGGAGCAGGAGAUCGCAGAGCCGCUCUUUGAUCUGAAAGUGGGCAUGGAGCAACUGGCCAGAAAUCACACCUUCAAGUGCAUCCUGGCCACGCUGCUGGCCAUGGGCAACUUCUUGAAUGGCUCCCAGAGCAGAGGCUUUGAGCUGGGCUACCUGGAGAAGGUCUCAGAAGUGAAGGACACAGUGCACCGUCAGUCCCUCCUCCACCAUCUCUGCCAGAUGGUGGUAGAGAAGUUCCCAGAAACCACCGACCUCUACUCGGAGAUCGCCUCCAUCACCCGCUCUGCCAAGGUUGACUUUGAUGAGCUGGCCAACAGCCUGGUGCAGCUGGAGCGGAGGUGCAGGGCCUCCUGGGACAACCUGAAGGUCAUUGUCAAGCACGAGACCAAGCCGGUGCUGAAGAGCAAGCUGACAGACUUCCUCAAGGACAGCACCCAGCGCAUUGUCGUCUUGAAGGUCGUGCACAGGCGCGUCCUCAACAGGUUUCACUCCUUUCUGCUGUACCUGGGGUACCCAGUGAGCGCGGCGCGGGACGUGAAGGUGACGCCCAUCUGCAAGCUGCUGCGGGAGUUUGCCCUGGAGUACCGCACCUGCCGGGAGCGCGUCCUGCAGCAGCAGAAGAAACGGGCCGCCCACCGCGAGCGCAACAAGACCCGGGGACGGCUCAUCACCGAGACCGAGAAGUUCUCCGGCAUCGCUGAGGCCGCUUUGCCGCCCGCCGUGGUGUCCAGCGGCCCGGAGGAGCAGAUGGAAGCGGGUCACGAGAGCAUGAAGAGCCUGCUGACCUCCCCCACGGAUGCACCCCCCCGCCGCAGCCGGGCCAGCCGGGGGACAGGCCAUGCCAGCCCGGCCCAGGGCUCUCCUGCCCAGGAGGAUGUUCCCAGCUCCCCAGACGAUGCUUCGGAUGAAAUCAUGGACCAGCUGGUGAAAUCGGUGACUCACAAUGCCAACCCCCGGCCCUGCGCCAACAAGGAGCGCAGGAGGUCCCGCGGCAAUAGGAAGUCCUUGAGACGGACGCUGAAGAGCGGGCUCAGCGAUGACCUGGUGCAGGCGCUGGGCCUGGGGCGGGCACCCGGCAUGGAGGUUUGAGGUGGCCAAGGGGGCACGUGCUGCUCCCCAGCGCUGGCAGCCCCCCGGUCAGGACGCGGUGGCAGCGACUACUGCUCCAGGACUGGCCCCCUCUGCACCCUCGGGUCUCACUUCACUUUUCCCUGCUGGUGUCCCGCUCCCAGAGGUGCAGGCAGCAGGAUGGGAGCGAUGCCCCGGAGCUGCUCCGUGGAGGCCGGCGUGGAGGAUGCUCAGCGCCCAUGCAUGGGCACAGAGGCUUGGGGUUUGUCUUCUCAACAGUAUUAGAGGGGUCAAGGGGCUGGACCCAGACCCUCUCUGGGAACUGGGUCUGGCCCGUGGCCACUGCGGCAAUAAAAUGAUCUGACACA